AUGGCGGCAUCGUCGUCAUCCUCUAUUGAAUUCGAGACUGUAAACGCUAUGGAAAAGGAGACUGAACUUGAGAGGAUUGUUGUCAAUAAAUUUGCGGAGAUAAGCCAGAAUUCUGCAAAUGAAAUUGGUGAUCUUACACGUUUAUUAGAGAAACUGUUGCGAACUCUUAGCGAAGCAAAUCAAGAAAUGAUCAACGAUCAUCGGCUUUAUGUUGACUUUGACAUCAAUAUCGACGACGAUAAUGAUGAUGAUGAUUAUGAUAAUGAUGUUGUUGUUGGUCAACCAAUGGCUGAUAUGAAUGAUAACGAUACAGAUAUGCAAGUGAAAAUGGAACUUCCUCCUGUCUGCAUGACUGAUAUUCAAGUUCUUAUUAUAACUGAUGCUUUACAAAAAUUUAAUGAGAAAUUGCGUCAUUUAUCGGCCAAUUGUAGGGAUAUACAUGAUUGCUUUCCCGAAGCGGGUAAAGUAAUUGAUUGUAAAUUUAUUGUCGAUUUGACGACGCAGGCUGAACGGUUUAAUGCUUUACAAGUUGUAAAGAACAUGAUGCUAAUAAAUAAGGUAAAUGCGAAUCAUUAUUGCCGCCAAGUCGUGUACAACGUGCCUCGGUUGCUGAUUGCAAAAUUUAAAACACCCGCCGAUCUAGUUGGCGAGAAGGUUUUUGGCUCGCAAAACAAAUUGACCGAAAUUUAUCGCAUCUGGCAGGCUAUACAGCAGCGCGAUUUAAAACCGGCUUUAGAAUGGUCUAACCGGUAUUCUAAUGAAUUGAAAGCCAGGAAUUCUUCCUUGGAAUUUGAAUUACAUCGUUUGGCUUUCUUGCAAAUUAUAUCGCGUGGAAUGCCCGUUCAAACAGAAGCCAUAUUAUAUGCGCGCAAUAAUUUUUAUAAAUUUGUUGAUCAUUUUGAAAAUGAAAUUCCUAAAUUAAUGGGUUGCUUUAUAUAUUUGCCCUUGGGAAUUGAAAAUUCUCCAUAUAAACAUUUAAUAUCGGCGGAUAUGUGGACUAAAGCGUCAUGUGUAUUUUUAAAAGAUGCCUGCCAUACAUUGGGCAUAAGAAAGAAUUCCGAUUUAUCAAUGAUUAUCAAUUCGGGAUGUACUGCUUUGACCGCCUUACUCGCUAUAAAGCAGAUUAUGCAAUCAAGAAAAGUUAUCAAUUUUUGAUAUUGUCGCAACCAAUUACCUAUCGAGAAAGGCGAGAGCCGUCAUCGCUGA